CAUGGACGUAAAGAAGUAUUUUCUUGUCGUGGAAUUUUAGAGUGCGUGCAAUUCUUCCGUAAUCGUGGUCAUACAGACAUUAUUGUUUUUGUACCACAAUUUCGACGUGAAGUUCCUCGCUCAGACUGUCCGAUUACCGAUCAGCACAUUCUCUUUGAACUGGAACGUGAAAAUGUUUUAGUAUGGACGCCAUCACGUCGCAUCAAUGGUCGUCGAAUUGUUUGUCAUGAUGAUCGGUACAUCCUAAAAACAGCUGAUGAAAAAGAUGCAGUUAUAGUAAGCAAUGAUGAGUAUCGAGAUCUGAUCAAGGAAAAUCCACGAUAUCGUAUACUUGUCAACGAAAGGCUUUUAAUGUACUCUUUUGUUGAUGGAAGGUAA